AUGGAUGCAGCCAGCCUGUUCAUCCUGAGCCUGGGGGGCUCCGUGCUGCUCUUGGCACUGGCCCCGGCAGCACCAGGCACCCAAGGGAGCUGGAUCAUCGGGGGAAAGGCAGUGACACCCCACUCCCGGCCUUACAUUGCCUCCAUCCAGGUGGACGGAGAACAUGUCUGCGGGGGCUUCCUGGUGUGGCCCAAGUGGGUGAUGACAGCAGCUCACUGCCUCAUUCCCAGGCGCAACCCCUCGGUGCGGGUGGUCCUUGGCGCCCACAAGCUGGAGGAGCCUGAGGCAUCCCAGCAGGUCUUCAGCAUCGAGGAGUCCAUCGCGCACCCGUGCUACAACCCCCAGUCAGUGGACAACGACAUCCGCCUGCUCAAACUGAAUGGGUCAGCCACUCUGAACGAGUACGUGAAGCGGAUCCGCCUGCCCUUGCCACACGUCGACCUGAAACCCGGCACCGUUUGCCGCGUGAUAGGCUGGGGGGACACGUCCAACUACGGUGAACAUCCCACCCAGCUCAUGGAGACCAAGACCACCAUCAUCAAGCGGAACCUGUGCCGCACCCUCUGGAAAGGCCACGUCUCGACCAACAUGCUGUGCGCGGCCAGCCGCAAUGCCACGCUGCAGGGCGUCUGCACGGGUGACUCCGGGGGACCCCUGGUCUUCAAGGCAAAGGUCUACGGCAUUGUCUCCUUCUCCGGCGAGAGGUGCGGGGACCGCAGGUACCCCGACAUUUACACCAAGAUCUCCAACUACAUCAGCUGGGUCCUCCACACGGUGCGAGGGCACCGGAGCUGCAAGGAGCAGUGCAAGCACUAG